AUGGGGCCGGGGCGCGGGGCGGGCCGGGGGGCUCUGGGGGCCCUGGCUCUGCUUUGGGCGGCCGCGGUGCUGGGGCAAUGGGGCAGAGGCAGCAGCGUGGUCCGCCGCCGCCUCCACGCCGGGUUCCCGCAGCGGCGGCUGAGCGGCGGCGAGCGGCGGGACGUGCAGCGGGAGAUCCUGACGGUGCUGGGGCUGCCCGGCCGGCCCCGGCCCCGGCCCCGCACCCGCGCCCCCGCCGCCGCCGCCCCGCUCUUCAUGCUCGACCUUUACCACGCCGUGGCCGGCGAGGAGGAGGAGGAGGAGGAGGAGGCGGCGGCGGUGUCGCGCCCGGUGCUCACCGGGCUCAGCACCCAGAGCCCACCGCCCGGCAGCGUCGUCAGUCGCGCCGACACCGUCGUCAGCCUCGUCAACGUGGUCGAGCAGGACCGGGACAUCUUCUCACCAAAGCCCUACUGGAAGGAGUUCAGGUUCGACCUGACUCAGGUGCCCACGGGCGAGUCGGUGACGGCCGCCGAGUUUCGCAUCUACAAGGCGCGAGGUGUCACCCGCAACGCCAACAACACCCUGCACGUCAGCGUGUACGAGAUCGCUGCCCAGCACGCCAACAGGGAAUCUGACCUGUUCCUGCUGGAUGUGCAGGACCUGCGUGCUGGGACCGAGGGCUGGCUGGUGUUUGACAUCACAGCCGCCAGCAACCACUGGUUAGUGGAUGGGAAAUACAACCUGGGGCUGCGGCUCUACGUGGAGACGGACGAUGGGCACAGCGUGGACCCGGGCUCUGCCGGGCUGCUGGGGCGCCGGGGGCCCCGCUCCAAGCAGCCCUUCAUGGUGACGUUCUUCGGCGCCGGCGCCGCGCGCGUCCCGCGGGCAGCCAGAGCCCCGCGCCGGCGGCAGCACAGGAGGAACAACAACGACCUCCCGCAGCCCAACAAGCUGCCAGGGAUCUUUGACGACGUCCACGCAGCGGCCGGGCGGCAGAUCUGCCGGCGCCACGAGCUCUACGUCAGCUUCCAGGACCUGGGCUGGCUGGACUGGGUGAUCGCCCCGCAGGGUUACUCAGCCUAUUACUGUGAGGGGGAAUGUGCCUUCCCCCUGGACUCCUGCAUGAACGCCACCAACCACGCCAUCCUGCAGUCCCUGGUGCACCUGAUGAAGCCUGAGGCCGUGCCCAAGGCCUGCUGUGCCCCCACCAAGCUCAGUGCCACCUCUGUCCUGUACUAUGACAGCAACAACAACGUCAUCCUCAAGAAGCACCGCAACAUGGUGGUGAAAUCCUGCGGCUGCCACUGA